UAACGGGCUAAAUACACUGAUUUAUCCCGGGUAUUAUAAUCGUUCCGGAAGAUGGUGGCAAAGCAGAGGAUCCGCAUGGCCAACGAGAAACACAGCAAGAACAUCACGCAGAGAGGAAACGUAGCCAAGACGCUGCGACCACAAGAGGAGAAGUAUCCUGUGGGCCCCUGGUUGCUUGCCCUAUUUGUAUUUGUUGUGUGCGGAUCAGCCAUAUUUCAGAUCAUUCAGAGCAUCCGCAUGGGGAUGUGA